GAGAAGAUCCAAGCGAUGGUGCGCAGGCGGGGCCUGGCCGCUCUGCUUCGCUUCCUCUUCGGCCCUCCCCGCCUCCAGGCGCAGCUGCAGGGCGAGCGGGAGCUGGCUCUGGCCCUGGCACAGUGCGCUUUGGAUGACAACGAGAGCGUGCACAUGCGAAUCCUCCAGACCAUCUACAAGAAGCUGACCUGCUCCAGGCUGGGCUGCCCGCGCUACGGGGCUCACUGGGAGGAACUGGGCUUUCAAGGCGCAGACCCAGGGACGGAUCUCCGCGGGACGGGGAUGCUGGGCCUGAUGCAGAUCCUUCACUUCGUCACGGACGCGCGGACGCUGCCUCUGGCUCGAGAAAUUUUCAAAUUAUCACAGCACGAAACCCAGAAUUUCCCCUUUUGCAUCAUGUCCAUCAACAUCACCCGCAUCGUCCUGCAGGCGCUGAGGGAGGAUCGUCUCUCCAGGGAGUGCAACUUCCCCGCCCUUGCCGGGGUGUCCACCCGCCGGCAGCAGGUCGUGGCCGUGCUGAACGACGUCUACGCCGCGGCUUUUCUGCGGCUCUACCACCUCUGGAAAGGGCAGCGCAGGACCGUCGCCGACGCCGGGGUCCUCCUCCAGGAGCUGGAAUUAUCCACCAAAAAAAACCCGAAGCAGCUCCUGAGA